CAAAACACAUCCGCCAUCUUUGGUAUGGUGUGGUAUUCACAGCGAACGGUAGAUAGUGUUACUGUAUUUUAACAGUAUUCGUCGGUUUCGAGUGGAAAACAUAUCUAUUGAAUACCGUCAGUGGACACAUAGAUAUCUAAAACCAUGGAUCGAAGGCGACGAAAUAUGGAAGCUCAGAUGGAACAAAGAGCUGAGCAAUCCCAUAUUGUGGAGGAGCUGGAUGAGCAAGAAGAAGAGGAAGAUGAUGCAGAAGAGGAAUUAAACUUUCAGCAAGAAGAAGAGGGGGGUGAAACAGAAAGGAGUAAACACGAUGAUAUCAGAUCCAGUCAGGAUAUGGAAAAUACAUUUUUAACUCAGGGCCCAAGGCCCAAAUGGUUAGCACCAAGAGGUGGGGGUGUUGCACCGGAUUCAAUGACCAUCACAUCAGUCAAUCAAACAUACCAAAUGGUGUAUGGUUCAUUUCCUAGACCUCCCCCUUCAAGGGCUUACUCUGGUGAGAAGCCUGUCCAGCAUUUACAGUUUGAAGCAAGCGUUGUUAAUGAAUUUGAAUACAGAUUACAUGAAACUAUUGAAAUGUAUCACAACAGAAUAAAAUGGCUCCUUAAAGGAAGUAAAAAGAUAUUUGGUAUGGUGAAAGGAACUAAAGUAGCUGUGGUUGUUGACAGUUCAGAUGCUAAUUGUGGCUUUGGAAGACUCAAUACAUUUCAGCAGUCUGUCAUGAGUUUAAUAGAUGAACAGCUACACUCAAAAGAAAUGCUGUAUUUUGUAUCAUUUGGUACUGAAGUAGAAUCAUUAUGGGACACACCACGAUAUGUUAAUUACAGAAUUCUUGAUGAGGCCAGGAAUUGGGUAAAUAACAUGUGUGGUCUGGGUGGUUGUAAUCUGUUAGCUGCUUUGAAGAAAGUCCUUAAAAUGAAAGAAAUUGACACAAUUAUAAUUGUUCUCGGCAACACUCCUGAUCAAAGUUCUGAAGUUCUCUGUGACUAUGUGGAACAGCUGAAUAUCGGUGACUGUAAACCUCUACACACCGUGGCAUAUGACUGCAGUAACCACCUGACCAAUUUGACCUUAAGGAAGCUAGCCGAGUGCUCUGGUGGAAGAUAUCAUGUAUACGCUUCAACAUGUGAGGAGCAAAUAUACACCGGUACAGACAUCACCUUUCUAUUACGUGAAAUCAAAAAAGCACAGGAAGUCAUCAAUAAGAUCAAAGAGAUGAGGCAAGGCAUGAUGGGAGAUGCACUUGUCAGUAUAUUGAACGAGAUUUCUCUAGAAGUACAGAAGCUGCCAGCGUCUCGUUUCUUACCCAGACCACCAAACCAUUCAGGAACUCUAAACAUUGAGAUCCCACCAUUCCAACCAAAGACAUCGGAUGAAUGGCUAAAGAUGAAUGGACUGAGAGCCAAGAAGCUGAGUUUGUAUCAGAUUCUGGCUCCUAAUGCCUUUGCACCACUAGAAGAGUUUAUCCCAAUCAUCAAGAAAGUUGUGUCUUCAACUGUACAUGAGAAAGCCAUGGCUCAAUUCCAGUGGCACGAUGGGUCAGUGAAAAAUGUCCAUGUUGAUCCCACGCAACUGUACGACUACCAGAAGAAGCUAGCCACUAUAGUUAAAUUAUUCGAGAAGAGAGUGGAUUGGUUGUCCAAAAGCUCACGCCGGAUAUUUGGCACAAUUGUUGAAAAGAGAAUAAUCAUCUUGGUAGACCUGUCCUGUGCAAACACUAAUUAUUUAGUCCAUAUUCAGCACUCACUGAGAAUGCUAUUAGAACAACAGAUGGCCAAUAAGGAGUAUAUCAAUAUUAUUGGAUUUGGUAGUGAACCAACUGCUUGGAAGACUGGUAUGCAGGAACCAUCAGAGAAAAAUCUACAGUCAUGUUGGAGGUGGAUUCUGGGCUUGGAAUGCAGUGGAAGCAGAAAUUUCAUGGGGGCUCUGAGAAUGGCACUGGAGAACGAAGAAGAUCAGAAAUACAAUAGAAUUGUGGAAGGCAUGUACUUGUUCACAAGUGGGAUACCUGAUCAGAUGACUGAUGUUGCAUGCUCCUAUAUCCAGGAAGCUACCGCAGGGCACUCGGUUACAUUGCAUACAAUCUUGUUCAAUGUCGACGACUACGACGUGAACGGUGCCAUCCCAGGACGAUAUGCUAACAUUAGCAAGACAGCUGACUGCCUACGUACCAUGGCUCAUAUCACAGGUGGUCGAUUUCAUUGGUUCAGAGAAACCGGAAUUAUUGAAAGCGACGACAUUAAGGCAAUACUGAGCGAAAUGGACAAAUCAGUUAAUUACUCUAAGAAGUGUGCAAUGUUGGUAGAAUCAGUGAAAAAGAAGUCAUUAGAUUAUUUACAACUUGAAGCUGGUAGCUGUGGUGAGAUGAAGAUGCUACCAUUGAGACCCUCAUCCGCUGCCAAGAAGAAGCAGUUCAUCCCACCAGAACACACUAAACUCACGUUAGCAAGGCUGCAAAUCACAGAAAGUCAAGUUAAGGAAAAAGAGAAAUUGGACAAAGAUGAUAACUGCAACAAAACCUCAGUAUGGAGGCCUGUCAGUGCCAAUAAGAAAGACCUGAUACCAACGCCACCUAUCAAUGGAAGGCCAUCAUCAGCCAAAUCAAAACCUGAAAAGAAGAAACGUCCUAACUCAGGAUACAAAAUACGUCCAUCACACGAAGCUUUCUACACGGAAUGUCGAAAUGACGUGGGUGUGAUGUACAGACAAUAUCCAGACAUAUUGCAGAAGAAGAAGAGUGUGAGAAAAACAAUCAAUCAUCCAGUCAUACCGGACAGAGAAGACGUCAAGGCAUCAAAAGAGUGGUUGAAAAAAUACAGCCUGAGUAAAUGCAGAUUAGAUUUGAAUAAGUUAGUGUCAGGACCAGACUGUGCACAUGUCAAAAAUCAUGUAGGGGCACUGGGAAAGAAUGUCUCAGCAAAAUACUGUAGUAUAUUCCCGAGUGUGAACAUCAAGGGUACAGUCAAACAUCUUCAGCUGCAAGCCCAUGAACUGAUCGAGUAUGAAGAGCAGGUGGAAUGCGUACUCAGGAGAUACCUGAAACGAUUACAGUGGUUGUUGAGUGGAAGUCGUAGAGUGUUUGGUACCGUCACUGAAAAGAGAGUAGUGGUCUUAGUAGAUACAUCAGGUUCCAUGGUCUCACACAUGGAGGAACUGGUCAGAGAAUUGGUCUCACUCAUCUGGGAUCAGUUCCAGCGAGAAAACAUCAAAUUCAAUAUUAUUCGUUUCUCCGGCAAUGUAGAGAAAUGGCGACAUCAGAUAGUUGAUCCUCUUGAGGAAAAUUGUCACGAUGCUGUAAGAUGGGUUUCCACUUUUGUUGCCAGUGGCAACACCUGUACGUUGGAAGCACUUUAUGAAGCUUUCAACGACCGCAAUAUUGACGGUGUGUACUUACUCACUGACGGCAAACCCGACAGCAGCACAUCACUUGUACUUAAGGAGAUUGCCAGAUUGAACACCACUCGCGGAGUCAAGAUUCACACGAUAUCAUUCAAUUGUCAAGAUGAAUCUGCUAAUAUCUUUCUGAGGCAACUAUCAGCCAUGUCAAGGGGAAGGUUUCAUCGCUGCAAUGCUGAGAGGGAUGGACAACUUUUUGCACAUAAACUACUCUCUGAAGGCUUUGAUGACCCAGAGCAACCAGAAAUCCCCAUUUUUGAAGGAGAUGAUCUACAAGCGCUUGGUAGAGAAAUCGCUCUAGCUAGAAACUACCUACAACAAUCAAGGUCCUUCAGGGCAAUGUACGCAGAGGCGCCAAAGCCGCACGAGAAGGAUCUCACACACUCUAAACUGAAAAAACAGACAGAAAGUAAUAAAAAGAGAUACGUUCGUAUUGGUCGGCCAUCCUCGGCUGUGGUGGUCAGAACGUGAAAACGACAAUGGAAAUGGUGCAAUGUUAUUAAUCACAAUAAUGAAUAAAUUGAAUUUUUGACAUUUUUUUUAAUGAAGACUGCAAUGAAAUUUCAAUGUUUUUUUCAGCAGUCACAUGCUUUUUUUUCUCGUUGUGUCUGAAGAAAUCGUUUGCAUGGGAACAUUUUUGUAUUUGACAAUUCUAAAAUAUCAUAUAUCAGUUUUUGAAUAGUAAAUUUAAACAUGACUUAUUGCUAGAGUUUGCCAGGAGAAACUUAUAAUUUUUUAAUGUCUGAGAAGAUGUUAUUUUUUGCUAUUUUCUGAUACAUUUCUGAGCGUUUAUUAUCAUGUGAAGUAAAAUAAUAUUAACUCAAAUUGCGCACUAUGUCACAUACCCAUUAUUAGGAUUAUGAUAAGCUAAAUUGGUGUUCUAAAAAUUUCAAUGACAGAAAAUAACUGAAGUAUGAAAUUACUGUGGGUGAAAUGGUUACAUAUAAAGAUAUAUUUUUGAUAUAUUGAGUCUAAUAAUGCAAGUCGAUAAUAUAGCUAAAAAAAAUAAGUUUUAAUAAUUGUAAAUUGUGUAUAAUGCCAAAUUGUGACCAUGAACUUUGAAAGUUAGAAAGAAAUUAUGUGAUGUUAGAUUCUGUAAAUAUAUUAUGUAACUUGAUAUUUAUGUCAUAUUAUUAUCUCUUUGCAAUUUUUUUUUUAUUGAAAGUGCGAGAAAUAAUGUUGAAAAUUAUCCUGGACUGUGUUCUGCAUGGAUGUAAAAUUGACAGUGCUGUAUACAUUUUUUUUUUUUAUAUUUUUAAAGAUGCAAAUGUUUUAUAAUGUAAUGUGAAGACUUUACCUGUAGAAUGCUGAUAAUGUUAUAAAUACUUUAGUAGAGUACACAGGGUGCAGUAUAUGGAAAACAAUUUUCUUGAAGGAAUAAAAUUCAAAUACAUGGA